AUAAAGUGACUUUUAAUUAUCCACCAACAUAAAUGGUGCCGAAACAAGUGUAGUUCGAGUAAAAGUUGCAAUAUUUCAAGAAACUUGACGCCGCGUGUGAAGUGCCGUUCGGACUUAAAAUCUCUCAUCGUGCGGAUAUAUCACCGAAAUAUUAACGCCAAGUCGCGCCUCACAGCAAACGAGAAAGUUUUUAGUGAUAUUUCAAAGCCGCCACAUCAAAUUGAGCAAAAUUUUAUUUUCACCGACCAAGCCCAUUCUCGGAAUUUGGUGAAUUCAAGGACAAACCGAAAAGGGGCAGAAUGAACAAUUUUGGAGCGAAGAUCAGACCAUUCACUCAAACAUCGUGAAACGUCAUUCGAAUCUGACAUCCGCCGUCAAUGUCAUAAUUGACACUUCAUUCUCUACUCCCUUGUUUACAAUUGAACAUCAAAAUGAAAAAUAAUACCAAAUCCAACGAAAUAAAGAAAAUAAAGGCACAGAUCGCGUGGUGUAAAGGAUAUACAACCAAAAUAGCAAAACUUUUAGACGAACCGGACAAGCCUUUAGACUCUGAAACAGCACAAAUUAGAUUGGAACAAACAGAAGCCAAUCUCAAAAAAUACAACGACUUAGCGCUGGAGCUAGCCAUCUUGACUGAAAAGGAUUCAUCUGAAGAUUUUGAAGAAGAGGAUGAACACGAGGAGCGAACAAUAAUCGUCAUCUCGAGAUUACGGAAACUAACCUCAACAGUAUCGAAAACAACUACGUCUUCGUCAUCGUCGGAAACAACAGUGGAUACCACGGGCGUGACUAGUUACCAUGGUGGAGUACGGUUACCGGAAAUCGACAUUCCUGCGUACGACGGGAAGGAUUACACUAAAUACGUCGCAUUCAUCGAGCUCUUCGACGCGAUAAUAGACUCCAGUGACAAGUUGAAACCAGUGCAAAAACUUUUCUAUUUGAAAAAAUACCUAAAAGGUGAAGCUUUAGCCUUAAUAGAAGGACUUCCCUUAACCAGUGAAUCAUAUGGUAAAGCCAGAGAACUAAUUAAAUUGCGUUAUGAUAACAAAUUUUUAGUAAUAACAAAUCACAUUCAAGCUAUAAUAGAUAGCACACCCAUUGCAAAAGGUACUGCCAGCAACCUGAGGGAACUUGUUGCCAAUACUCGUCAGCAUCUAGGUGCUCUUAAAGCCUUAGGUCAGCCAAUAGAACAAUGGGACUUAAUUGUACUAACUAUUAUCUUAAAAAAGGUGGAUCAGUUUUCGUGCAGAGCCUAUCAUCAGGAACGGGACAGUGACAAGAUGCCAAAUCUUGAAGAUUUCUUGUCAUUUGUGGAGAGGAGAGCCAGCAGCUUUGAAGAAAGCCAGCAAAGUGAAGACUGUGACCUAUGGACAAAAAAGUUCGAGUUUCCUGGCAACAAGAUGCUUAGAGGAGCUGGCAGUAAGGUAUGAGGCAGAGCUUCCUAAAGCAGCAGAGGUGAUCCGCACUGCCAUGUAUGUGGAUGAUGCCCUCUUCGGAGCAGACUCCAUUAAGGAUGCAUUGGAGGUAAGAGACCAAUUUACUAACUUGCUGUCUCAUGCAGAUUUCCAUCUGCACAAGUGGGCAGCCAAUGAUCCCAAACUGCUGACUGGUAUCUCUCCCGAAUCUUGCUAUGCUGAUGAUCACCAGCUCUCCAUGAAAACUGAUCUCAAAGCCUUAGGCAUGGUAUUCAAUCCCAAUCAAGAUGUUUUCAAAAUUAAUUAUCCCAACAAAGAAAUACAACAUUGGGACAAGCGCUCAAUCCUUAGCUUCAUUGGAUCCUUUUUUGAUCCUUUAGGGCUGGCAGGGCCUAUAGUUGUCAGGGCCAAGCAAUUUCUACAAGAUCUUUGGAGGCAAAACUUGGACUGGACCUCUCCAAUACCAGAGGAAUUCUUAAGUAAAUGGAUUAAAUUUCACAAAGAAAUAUUGGAGAUGCCAACUAUACAAAUACAAAGGCAUGUAAUGCCUACCAAGGAUCAAGUAGAAAUCAUAGGGUUUUGUGAUGCCUCAUCCAAAUCUUAUGGAGCAUGUAUAUAUGUAAGAACCUUUCAAAAUGGAAAGGCUACAAUGAACCUGCUAUGCAGCAAAUCAAAAAUAGCCCCGAUGAAAAAUGAACUUACAAUUCCAAAAUUAGAAUUAAAUGCUGCAGUGUUGCUAGCAAAAUUAUUUGAUAAGGUAAAACAAAUUUUGGCAAAUGUAAAAAUAACUGCUAAAUAUUUACUAUCCGACUCAAAGGUUACUUUGUGCUGGAUCAAGUCAAAUAAAGAAUCACUACCUGUUUAUGUAAAAAACAGAAUACAGAUAAUAAAUAAUGUAACUAGUGAUUGCAUUUGGAGCCAUAUUGAUGGAGCAACCAACCCGGCUGAUGUCUUAUCUAGAGGUUGUAGUGCACUCGUCCUCGCCAAAAAUGACUUGUGGUGGCAUGGUCCCCAUGACUUUCUGGACCCUAACUACCAUCCCCAGCCAUUCACAGUCACCAACAGCUCAGAAAAUACUAAUGAUACUUUCAGCAGCCACCUAGCCUGUUUGAUUGCUACACCAAAUGAGCCAGAAUUACUUAAAAAAUACUCAUCAUGGAUAAAGUUGCAAAGAGUACAUGCUUGGAUUUUAAGAUUCUAUAAUAAUUGUAAAAAUUCAAAUAAUAAAAAUAAUGGUAAUCUCUCUGUAAGUGAAAUCCAACAAUCUAAAUACAAAAUUGUAUCACUCUUGCAACAUGAGUAUUUUAAAGAAGAAAUACACUGUAUAAAUAAUAAAUUACCAAUUAAAAGUAAUUUAAAAAGCUUAGUUCCAUUUUUGGAUGCAAACAAUGUAUUAAGAGUAACAGGAAGAUUGCAAAAUGCAAAUAUCCCAUAUGCACAAAAGCAUCCAAUGAUUUUGCCCAAAAAAUGUUUUGUGACUAGUUUAAUAAUCCAAUAUGAGCACAAGUCCUUAUUACAUGGUGGUUUAAAAGAUACAAUUAGCAGCCUAGCUCAGACAUACUGGAUUAUUAACUGCAAUAAAGAAGUCUCUAAAAUAAUUGGAAAAUGUAUCACUUGCUAUAGAUUUAAAGCUCAAGCUGCCUCACAGCUAAUGGGGUCUUUGCCCUUCGAUAGAGUAAAUGAGGCCAAAGUAUUUGAUGUUAUUGGUAUAGAUUAUUGUGGGCCUUUUAGCAUCAAACAGUCUUCACUGCGAAGAAGCAUUGUCACAAAAGGUUAUGUCUGUGUAUUUGUGUGCUUUGCCACUAAAGCUAUCCACUUAGAACUAGUCUCGGACAUGACCACCCCAGCCUUCAUUGCUGCAUUAAAAAGGUUUACAGCCAGGCGUGGUUAUCCAUCCAAAAUCUUUUGUGACAACGCUAAAACGUUUAUUGGAGCUGACAAUUCUCUUAAAGAGCUUUCAAAUUUAAGCUCUAAAGAGCAUCAAGAUUAUGUCACAGAUUAUGCAGUUUCAAAAAAAUAUAGACUUUAAAUAUAUUCCUAGCUAUUCACCUACAUUUGGAGGCCUCUGGGAGGCAGCCGUGAAAAGCUCAAAAAAGCAUUUUAAGCGGGUCAUAGGUAACAGCUUAUUUACUUAUGAAGAAUUUAAUAGUAUCAUAGUGAUGACAGAAGGGAUCCUUAACUCAAGACCCAUAACGCAAAUGUCUAGAGAUCCUACAGACUUUACAUACCUGACCCCAGGUCACUUCUUAAUUCAAAGACCAAUGAAUAGCAUUCCUGAGCCUGACAUAACAUCCAUACCUCAAAAUAGGUUGCGAUUAUGGCGCCGUUGCGCACAAAUACAUCAAAGUUUCUGGAAGGCUUGGCACAAACAAUAUUUAAGUCUAUUGAAUAACCGGCCUAAAUGGCACAAAAUUCAACCUAAUGUUGUACUAGAUAACCUAGUGCUUCUUAGAGAUAUCAGAUGCAGUCCGUUGCAGUGGCCAGUAGGCAGAAUCAUCAAGGUUCAUUAUGGCGCUGACCAAAAAGCAAGGGUGGUAGACUUAAAGCUGCCUAAUGGUAAUAUUACUAGGAGGGCCAUAAACAAAAUUAGUGUUUUGCCCAUUGAAAUGUAAAUCUAUGAAUGUUGAUGAUAGCUUAGUAAUAAUAAUAUAUGUAUGAUACAUAUAUGUCUUUCAAACUUAAAUGUAUGUGUUUAUUGUAAGAAACUUACUAAUCUGCAUAUAAAAGAAAAUAUAUAUAUCUUGUAAUGUUUACAAAAAUAGUCUAAAAAGUUCAAUUUUGUUAGUCAAAAGUAGUUAUGCUUAAACCUUUAACAAAUGUUAUUUUGUUAUGAAUAUCUCAUAAUAAUAAUAAUUGAUCUCUAUGUAAAACUUGAUCUCAAAAACUUAUUUAAGGUAAAUGUAACAAUAACCAGCCUGGUAAAUGCUACUGUAACUAACACUUUAUUAUUGUUUAAAAGCAUUUUUUCACUUAGUUUAUUUGUAAAUCUGCAUCAGCAUUAUUCCACUUAAAUUUAAAAAGAAAAAAACUGUACAAAAUGGUCAAACCCUCCCCCGGGAUUAUGUUUCUGAACGCAACCAUGUAUACGACCGAAUGAUUUUAUUACUGUAUCCAUUCGCCAACUCACUCACUCUCUUCUUUCUCAACAACUCCACGGUUAAC